AUGAUAACGAAUCGCGUUAACGAACUCUCUUUCGAGUAUCUGCCGAGAAAAAUGCGAGGUUUACCAGAAUUCCACCACGCAGCGCUUUUAGGCAAAACAGACCAACUCCGUGAUUUAAUAUUACAAGAUAACGCAGUGGCUUCUAGUGUUGAUAUGUACGGAAGAACAGCGCUUCACGUUGCAGCUUCCCAUGGAGUGUAUAACAGUCUCAAAGAACUUUGCAAACAUUGCUCUAAGGAGACAUUAGAUCGCGCCGAUUGCUAUCGAUUCACAGCUUUGCACUACGCCGUUCAGGGAGCCAAUACAUACUGCGCUAAGCUUCUUUUGGAGUCAGGUUCUGAUGUAAAUCCUACCCAGUACACCUUGUACACUCCUCUUCAUCUAGCUGCCUUAUAUGGAUAUCCCGAGCUUGUUGCUCUUCUUUGCAAACACGGUGCUAAUGUUCAUGCGCGGAAUGCUUCACUAGAAACACCGCUACAAAUGGCGUCACGAUCAGGCAUUCGAAUACGGGAAAGACUUAAGGUAAAUACUGAGAGGGAGGGCUACUUUUAAUUAGCUAUGGUAUUAAUGUAUGAGGGUGCUCGAGUAGAAAGGAUUUUCCCUUCUCAAGUAUAUUAAGGCGUGGGUUUUUCAAUAUAAAGGACCCAUAGCUAAGAUUUGAAGAUCAGACAUCACGCUUGCAGCUCGUAAGAACAAGUUUCUGUCAGUCGUAAAACUUAAAAGGAUUCACAUUUGGCGUGUUUGAUCGAUCAAACAAAAGUGUUAUAUACCUUCACGUGAUCUCCCGCUUCUGAUGACGUCACAAAACGCGCGCUUCAAAUUGGGUACCUUUGCACAUUAAAAGUUUGAAAAUUUUCUUUGUCACUGAAUGGUCUUAAGAUUGUUGUUAACAUGAUUUUGCCUUUUACGGCAGUCUUCAUUCUAUGUUAUUAGCAUAUUUGUUAAGUCACGUGACCUGUCUUACUUAAUUGACGAUUGAUUUAAAGGCGCUAUUCUUAAGCCAUAGAAAAACGGUUAAAUAAGGCGAAUACAGUAAUUAAGACGAAUGUGUGUCACGUGACUUAGACUGCCAAUGAAAAAGCUCAUUAAAUGGAAUCAAGCUUGAAUAGGAAACUGCUCGCCAAGUUUCACAAAGAUCAGUAAAAUGUUUCUACUUGAUAUCAAAACCCAAGAAAUUCCCAGGGAAUCUUCAAUUUAGCUGGACAGUUAAAGAAAAAAAAGGAAUACACAUACACUCAAGAUGAUUUGCUGAGUUUCUAAGCCUGGUAAGCUUGUCGAAGAAGGACCCCUUCAGGAGAUCCACAAUGCAGGUUUCUAUAACUUCAUUAACUUUAUUGGGGUUCGUGUACCAAGUGUUUCUUGCACACAUAUUUGAUGAGUCGCAGCACGCAGAGAGAGUUGUUCCCCGCUUGCUAUCUUUGAUCAGCGAAGUCUUAGUAGAUUUCUUUAUCCCUUCCCACAUUCUCGAUCUUUUUUAUUUUUGUGAAGUUUCAAAAGCAGACUUUUCCCUUGGUGAUUAUUUUAGCAGCCAUAGAUUUCAGCACCUGCUCGCUUCUUUGACAACAUUUUGUUAGAGCACCAGUAAGUAGAACACCAUUUAGUUUCAAUAGCUUCAUAUAUGUAACGGGAUUGAAAUAUACUUUCAAAGUAGUUCUAAUUUCCUCGUAUUCGCGCCAUUGCCAUCCGUGUCAUGAUAAAUAAUUCAAUAAUGAUUUGUAGGUGGCACAUGCACAAAUUGUUUCUUCGUCUGCCUGAUUCCUGAUCGAAUUGGAAUUUGGAAAUGUUGGUUUUUGAUGAGAGGGGAAGACCCGAGUAGGACCAACAACAAACAUUGUUCGCUUACACUGAGCCAGGGGGCAUCGAGAGAGGAGGUGGCCCCUUUGGGACUUGUAGCUGGCAUAAAUUUCAUUGUUAAUGGUGAUGGUGGGGGGAUCACUAAAUUCUACUUCGUACCUAAAUCAUGGUGAUUUUCUUUAAAAAAACUUGUUUUCAAGGUACACUACAUCACGUUAGCAUUGUUACUCAAGUUUGGUUCCAACGCUAAAGUGCAGGACAACGAAGGCACAACACCGCUUCACUACGUAGCCAUGCACUGCGACAAAAAAGAGUGUGCGGCUCUUUUAUGCGCAGCAGGAGCCAGCGUCAGAAGCCGUAACCAUGGCAAUGUAACCGCUGUGCAAGUUGCACGCAGUUUGGAAAUAAGGGAAUAUCUUAAGCAACUCUUAAAGGCUCCUCCAAGACUCGAACACUUUUGUCUCUUGGCGAUACGCAAGGGACUGGGAACAAACCUCAAAAAUGCAGACGAUCUGCCUCUGCCCAGGCCCCUAAAGGACAAAAUACUUUUCAAAACUCUCCCGCAAGUUAUUUAA